CAACAACAACAACAACAACAACAACAAGGCCGUCACCGACCAGCAGUACAGACGACGCACUCGUUGUGUUGUUGAGCCGUCAACAACUGAGCAGCAUCCCGCUCCGCCCCCCUCCCAAGCUGAUCGAUCACCCCCUUACCUAAUCACAGUGUCUUCAACAGCAACAGCACCAGUCGGCACACGAUGUUCCGCAACAACAAGGGCCAGAAGCGCCUCACCGGCGACAACAGCACACACGACAAGGUCAAUGUUCCCGAGAUCCACCUUGCCCGUGGCGGCUUUGGCGUUGGCACAGCCAUGAUUGGCGGCACCUCAGCCGCAUGGACAAAGUCCUUUCAACGAGACCACUUUGACACAAAGCGCGGUGUUCCUGGUCAAGACUCGUCUGACGAUCUCCUCGCCAACGUUGACAAAGAUCUCUUGAACCCAAGCGUUGAUGAUGAGGCAUGGGCAGCGCCCUGGUAUGUGGAGAAGAUUGCCAACAGCAAAGUGGCACGUGUGCUGGCGGACAAGCCAGACGGCACCUUCAUCAUCCGCGACAGCUCGUCCCAGCCAGGCUGCUUUGCCAUGAGCUACCGCUUCCUCAACCAGAUGCACCACACCCUUAUCAACAGCUCCGCCGGUGGCAUCCACCUUGCAAAGUCCAGCGAGACUUUCCCCUGCCUCUCCGAAUUGGUUGAGCGCUACAGCGUCAACUUCGACCGGUCAGGGGACGACCUCCCCUGUCCACUGCGCACAGAUGUGGAGCUGCCACUCCUCGACAAUGACAACAGCGCAAGUGGCCACGUGCAUGGCCAGCCGUCGCCUUUGCACCAGCAACAGCAACAGCAAGACCAACAACAGCAGCAGAAUAGCGCGUCGCCCCAACAGCCACAGAGCACGCUGUCCCGCAUCGACUCAUCUGGGCAGAUGCUCACCAUCAACGCGGAGACGGGUGAAGUGUUGCCCACCCCAUCCGCAGCACCAGCAACCGCCACCACCACCCCAACACCAUCUUCAGGCAUUGGCGGGACAAGGGCGUUCCCCGCUGUGCCAUCGCGUCGCACAAAGCCCUCGCACCACGCGGGAGUGGUCGAUGACAUGGACGUCUCCUCGUCCCCUGGCGGAGGGAUGAAGGCCGGCGUCGUGCUGUGCCCGCACUGCUCUUCGCGCCAAAGCAUGGCAAACAUGAUUUGCUCGUCGUGCAACAAGCGGCUCGACGGCAAGGAGCCCGCAGCCAGGCGCACGUCAAAGGCAAUGACAUACACAGACAUGGUCCCGCGCACAGUAUACCGCCGCCAACAAGAGCAGCAGCAGCAGCAAGAAGAAGGCAGUGGCAGCACUGGAGGUGAGGGAGUGGCGAUGAACGUGAGAAAUGAGGGCGCAGCACUGCGACACGUGCAGCCACGCGUGUCGUCGUCGUCAUCCGGAGAUGAAGAGGAAGACGAGGAGGACAGCAGCGAUGGGUACGAGGACAUGCAGGCACAGCGCAUGGCCAAGCAGUUGCGGCUCCAACAGCAGCACUACCAGCAGCAACAACAGCAGCAAGAACAACAGCAAGAACCACAGCAAGAACAACAGCUGCAGCAAGAACAACAGAAGGACGAGCAAGUGGGUGAUACGAAGCAGAAGAAAGACAAGAAGGACAAAAAGGAGAAGAAGGAGAAGAAGAAGAAAAAGACCAGGAAGAGCAAAGCUGUGGAGAUUGUUGUGGACCCGUUGCCUGCAGGCAUGAAAGGCAUCCUGCUUCCAGAGGACAGCCCCAAGAAGCACAACAUCUCGGUUCACUUUGAUGAGGACAACAUCACCAAGACCACCGCCGACAUGGCGUUUAUUCGCGGCGCUGCCGGUCGUGUGGACGACCUCGCAUGGGACUGCGGCUACUAUCUCGACGACAUGAUUGCCAAGCCGGAGCAGGCAGCGAGCAAGCUGAUGGGGUCUGCUGCUGGCAUGUUUGUCAUCUACGAGCACCCUGCAGGCGAAGACGCACUCAUGCUCUCCGUUGUUGGCGCCAACAACACGGUGCAGCACCACGUCAUCUCGCACAGCUACGACGGCCUUCAGUUUGAAGGGCAAGGCCCCUGCUUCAAGCACCUCUCGGACCUCGUCAUCCACUACGCGAGCAAGCAGCGCGCCAGCAGCGGCGCGCCCACCACAGCGCCAGCACUGCACCUUACCGAAGCCCAGCGUGAUCUGAUUCGCAGGGUGACAACUGCAACAGAGGGUGACUUGCCGCGGAAACGACGAGCAAGCAAAGAUAUGGAGGUGCCGGAGCAGGCUGAGCGCGGACAUAAGGGCCCGUACAACAAGUUGGCCACGCCAGACCACUUUAACCAGCCUUGGUACCAAGGCGAGCUGAGCCGUGUUGAGGCCGUGGCGAUGGUUGAGUUUGAGCCAUCAGGAUCGUUUGUUGUGCGCGACAACCACGACGAGCCCGGACGAUACAUUCUCACAUAUGUGCACGGCGCGGGCGAGCUUGGGCACGUGGAGAUCAAGCCCUACGGUGACGGCUAUGGCCUGGAGGAGGAAGGCGCCAUUGAGAAGCCGACGCUAACCGAGCUGGUUGAGUUCUACGCGAGCGAUGCCGGACUCGCCACGGGCCAUCUCGAAACGAAGCUGCGCCUGCCAAAGGGUGGCAGCGGUGUUGGCGUUGGUGCUGGUGUCGGUGUUGGUGGCGGGCAGAGCGCCGCAGCGCUGUUGCAGCCGCCGUCACCGGGCGGCAUUCGCCGCGCAUCGGGCGGCACCUCGCAACGCGCCGUCCACGAGCGACCGGGGUGGCUGCAGACGAACAUGCCCAAAGCCCAGGCCCUGCAGCACAUUGCUGGGCUGGACGACGGGGCGUUUGUCAUCCGCAGCAGCGAGACGCGCAAGAACUGCUACGUUCUCAGCUACAAGUUCCAUCGCCAGGUGCACCACGAGCUCAUCAAGCACACGCCGCCGCCAACAGCGCGCUUCUUCCUCUCGCGCAACCCAAACAAGACCUUUGGGUCGCUGCAGGAGCUUGUGGAGUACUUCCAGGCGCCGUCACAGGAGCUGAAAUACCCGCUCAUUCCCGCAUACAUGGCCGCGUCUCCGCUCAGCCGCGGCGCAAGCAGGCGGAGCACGCGCGCCAGUGGCGGUGGCAGCGGCGGCGGCGGUGGCGGCAAGCCCCCACUCAUGCGCCAAACGUCCCGCAACAAGGGGCUGACGGCACCCGAGGAUGUGCGACGCAGCGCCAGCUCGCUGAGCCUCAACGGCAACGGCAGCCCAAAGGAGUUUACGCGAUCGCGAUCGUCGCGGCGCUCGCGUCAUCGGGAGAGCGUGCGGAUGGCGCGAACGGGGGAGCGGCUGGACCAGCGCGCAGCAACGUCGCACUGGUGCUGCCUCAACAUGAGCAAGGAGGAGGCGAUGGGGAAGCUGCCGCAGAAGGAGGGCGCCUUUGUUGUGCGCCGCUCUGAUGAUUAUUUCGCCACGCUGACGAUGAUUGCAAACGGCAAGGCGCACCACUUCAACAUUGAGGACACGACACAGGGCCUGCGGCUGAAGAAGUCGACGUCCUUCCAACCAAAUUUGUCUGCGCUCAUUGCCUACUACAAGAUCCCCACGCAGGCAGACCUGCCCCGCUGCCUCAUGGCCUGGUGAUCCGUGCACGGUGUUUAUGUAUGUGAUUGCGAUUGUGUGUGUGUGUGUGUGUGUGUGUU